UGCAAACAGAGGUCGGAGGGUAAUCUGGCUAAGCCUCAAAUGUGCUUGUUUUACAUUCAACCAGAGCGGCGCGACACAUGUGAUUUGCAUAAUAUGUACCAUUUACAGAGAGCGGGGUUUGCGAUCUUCCCGAGAAACGCUUCCGGUAUCAAAACUUGACCCAACACAGUUCUUCCCAUCUCUGUUGCCGCAAAGCCCCAAAAUUUCCCCUAAGUGCACCACUUCCGGUCCGGGGAAGAAGCCAAAUGCUUCAGCAGCGGAAGUGGCGCAAAAGAGAAGUGUGGACUCCUUCCGGUUCCGGCCUCCCGAGCUCCGGUGCGACAACAUGAAACUGCUCACCCACAAUCUCCUCAGCUCGCAUGUGCGGGGCGUGGGCACGCGUGGCUUCCCGCUGCGCCUGCAGGCCACGGAGGUCCGCAUUAACCCUGUGGAGUUCAACCCCGACUUCGUGGCGCGGAUGAUCCCCAAAGUGGAGUGGGCGGCGCUUGUGCAGGCAGCGGACACCUUAAACUUGGCCGAGGUACCCAAAGAGCCGACUGAAGGCUAUGAGCACGAUGAGACGUUUUUGAGGAAGAUGCACCAUGUGUUGCUUGAGGUUGAUGUGCUGGAGGGCACCCUGCAAUGCCCAGAAUCUGGUCGUCUUUUCCCCAUCAGCCGUGGGAUCCCCAAUAUGCUGUUGAAUGAUGAGGAAACCGAGACGUAACCUUGUUAGCCACAUCUUUGGUGUUUCGUGACUGUGUGUGUUAUCUGUUGUAUGGUCUGUUAACUAGAUGUGUCGUGCGUGACCCCCCAAAUUCCCCCAAUGAUUCACCGACCACCGUGUACUUGAGCUCCAUAGUAUAUUUUUUUUUUUCUCAUUAAAGGUUCAAAACCAAAAGCGGUUUCUCUUUGCAGCAAAUAUACAUUAAAAUAGAGUCUCUGUACAGCCAAGGGCUCUGGGCCCUGGCUUGCCCCAUGGCCCUGCGCCUCCCUGGCCAAACCCAAAAAUAAAUAUAGUGUUAUUGCUCUGCA